AUAGCAGAGAGGAAUCGAACGAGAAGAUCUUCACUCAGACAAAGCUUCCAUUUUUAACCCAACGGUAGAAAUUGAAGAUCUAAUUAGCAGGCAGCAGCAGCAGCAGCAUUCAAUGGUCAAAGUCCGCCAAAUUGAUACAGAAGGAGCACCAGGGCGGCCCCCGAGACCCACCAACUAGAGAGCACAGCUUCGCUUCGCUUCUGGUUGCGUCUUCAAGAACGAACCCGAGCCAUGGCCUCUUUUUCAUCCACUCACUGAAUUAAUAUUUGUUUCUUUCAUUUUUCUUCCUCAAAAUGGAUUUUCGACCACGUGUCCUCCCCUCGAUUUCCCCCUUUCCCUACCCAUUUAGAUUUACCCUCUUUCUUUGACCUAAUCGAUUCCGUUUCCGUGUUGAGCUUCGACUUCAGCUCUAUCCUCGCCGGGGCACAGGGGAAGAGAUCCCGAUUCCUCACAAUCUGGGCUUGAUCUAUUGCUGAUUCUGGAGUUUACUUUCCGGAAGAUGGUGGCCAAGGGUUCGCCGGACUGGCUUCCCUCCGGCUGGACCGUGCAGUAUAAAGUCCAGAAGACGGGCCGCAAAAUUAGGUUCUAUAUGAACUUAGAGAGUGGGAAAAGCUUCCUUAAUAAGGAUGAUGUUAUUGGCUACAUUAAAAGCAUUCAGUCUCAGAAACCUCAAUCAACUCCAAGGCGCACCAAAACUCAGUCAGGAAAUAGUCCUGUGCAACUCAUCGUGAAAACAAGUGAACGCCCCGAAUGGUUGCCUGAUGGCUGGAAAGUGGAGUCAAGAACACGGAUGAGUGGUUCCAAUGUUGGAGGUGUUUACAAGUGUUACAUUGAUCCAGUUACAGGGAACAGAUUUUAUUCUAAGCCAGAGGUGUUUAGAUAUCUCAGAACUGUGAAGAACACAUCGUGCACGUUGAAGGAGAGGAGGACCAGCAAAAACGUGAACUCUAGAAGCAAAGUUGUUAUCGAGCAUUAUAAAGAUGAAGAUUUGCCGCCUGGAUGGAUAAAGGAAAUCAAGAUCAAAGAAAAAGCAGAUGGCAUUAGGAAAGACCCGUUUUACAUAGAUCCGAAAACUGGAUAUGUAUUCCGCUCCAAGAAGGAUGUUUUACGCUAUCUCGAGACUGGAAAGAUCAGCAGACAUGCAUUUAAACCAAAGGAAGGGGGCGAUAAUGAUCAAGAGUUGAUUACCAACAAAAUAUCACGACGCUCCACCGCUAAAGGACUGAAAUUGGCACCCCCUGCAGCAACGCCACAACCUUCUGCAGGAGAGGAAUUGCCAGUAGACAGCAGUUCAGAACUUCCUGGAGACCAAAUUCUACAGCCGGGGCGACGUGUGAACGUGUCUACUGAACCGAAAGAUGCAUCUGUUCCUCCAGUUGAAACUGUUCAAGAGAUUGUUUCAUCACGAAAAGUGGUCGGGGAGUCUUCAGAAAUCAAAGAGAAAAGUCAUAGAAGUUCCGCAUCUCCUGAAGUUGAACAUCCAGAAGGCAACAAUACUGAAAGAGUACCUCCUGAUGAUGGCCCAAUUUCAACUUCUGCAUCUGAGUCAGGUCAAGAGAAGGCAUUUCCAGGAUUUGAAAAGCCAGAAAGUAACAAAAUUGAUGAAGUAACGCUCUUGACCACUGCAUCAAAGUUGGAACAAGAGGAGAUUAUGAUCAGUGAUAUGAUGGAAAUGGGUGGCAAUGGAGAAAAGACAAACACGAGGAAGUUCAAGAAGAAGAAGAAAGACAAUGACUUGCCUCGGAGGUCUUCAAAACGACUUGCUGGAAUUGAACCAGAGUUGGUGCCUAAUGCCGCGACAAAUGACAUUCCUCAAGUUUCAAAUGGAAGUUCUUUCGCUGAAGUUCGUCCAGAUGUUGGCCUAACCGUGAACGCCGAUGCAGCUAAGGCAUGUCAGCAGCUCAAUGUAGGGCCAGAGAGAGACAAUGAAGAUAAUGUAUCUAAUCUCAAGGACAUAGCCUUGAAUGGAAACCCCUCUAAUAAGAGGAAAACCCCUCUUGAAUGCAGCCUAGCUGUCCCAAAAGAGAAAAUACGGAGAGUACAUACUGAAAAAAGGGGUGAUGGAGAGACUGAAGGGGAGCUGAGUGUUCCAAUUGCUGAUUUUUGGUCAGACCCAUGCUUGGAAUUCGCAAUCAAGACUCUUACAGGCGCAUUGCCAGUAGAGAAUGCCAGUGCUACCGAUGAAGGACCAGUUCCUAAUCCAACAGUUGAUUUCCUGCUAGAAAAGAGCUUGGUAAAAAAUGGGUCGGGAAGUUGCAUGAAUAAGAAAACUCAAGUAAACAAAAAGACCAAGAACAAGAAAGAGCUCACUUCGGAUCAUCGAUCUCCAAGUAUUAAUGGGCUGAAACCUGAAUUGGCAUCAGAUGUGACGACCUGUGAGCAAGCAAACCUUCAUUCAAAUGGAGCCUUUCUGACUUUUAAUUUAGCAGACAGUGGAAUACAUGGAGAACCACAACAAAAGAACGAACAGUGUACAACAUCUAGUGAAAUCUCGCCAGUUAGAGGGCUGCGUCAUCCCCCGCCCGAGGUAAAUACCGAACAAUCUAACAGGACUGAAGGGCGUAAUGAGAACAGAAUGGUGCUUCAUGAUCAGCAUCAAAAGCUUCAAACGAAGGACUACACCACAUCCGAAACUCCAUUAGCCUUUCCAUUUGGGGAUGCCUGGGCAGACCCAUGCUUGGAUUUUGCAUUCAAGACUCUCACAGGUGCAAUACCAAUCGAAGAUAGUCUAGGAAUUCAAAGCUACUUCGAGGAACGGCUCGACUCCUCUCGCAGCCAAAGGGAUGGUAGUGCAGCACUGCCAGAUUUUGGAUCCCCUAGCUUCUUCCAAAAUGAUAUAUCGUCCCACUUCGAUGGACCAGAAAAAUCUGUUUCAGGACAGCACUUGAGUUUAGAUCCUCUGCUGACCGUGGGAAAUGCGAGUCUACCUAGCUGCAGCGGUUUCGCUUCUCAACAGCAGCCUUGCUUAGAUAGAAACAGAUAUUUCAAGGGAAGGUGAAGUUCUACAGGAAAAUUUAGUUUGGGUGUAAUAACAGCACAGGUCUUGGGAAGAACAGCUUAUCUUUUUCUUCUUUUUAACAAACUGUAUCAUAAUGGAUGAUCAUCAAAUCUGGCAUUCACAUUCAGCAAUUCCCAGUUAGAACUCGAACCACUUUGUACCAUUUGCCAGAAAAUAGAAGAAAACAAAUUCCUAAUUUUUAACUUGAUACAGACAACUAGCACUUUUUGUUUUGAAUUGAUUGGAUGUAUUUUCAUUUUU